CACCUUCAGCAAGGCUACAUAGUGUAGUUCUAGACCUCGGCAUCUGCCCGACAUUGUCCAACCCCAGGUCUUCUUCCUUUCUCGCAUCAUUGUUACUUACCUAUCAUCAUCGAUUUUUAUAUUGAUUUUCUGCCGUGUCUUCGUUGUUCGCUUGGUUCUCUUUUCUUACCAGCGGUGCUCCUGUUGUUCACGUAACAUUCUUUCCAUCUAGCCAACGUCAAAUUCCCAUUCCACUUUUAUCCCCUCCCCUCCUCUCACCAACUAACUUACCGCUCUAGAUUUCUUACUUCUUUGUUCCACACCAUCAUCACUUAACCCAUCACCACCACCAGCAGUUCCCCUUAGCCUACCCUAACCUAACCUAGCCUAGUUUACAACAACAAUCUCCACCACCAGAGAGAGAGAGACAGACACAAAAAUGCCCCGAGCAUCCAAACUCCUCCCCUCCCUAGGGCACGCCGCCUCCGGCGCCGGCGGUACCAUCAUCUCCACCUUGACUACCUACCCGCUCGACCUCGUCAAUACGCGCCUGAAAGUACAACGCCAACUGCGCGCCGACGGGGCCAUUGGGCCCGAGGACGGGUACCAGGGGGUUUGGGAUGCGUUCCAAGCGAUUUACGAGAGGGAAGGGGGGCUCAAGGCGUUCUUUGCGGGUUUGGGGCCGGAUUUGGGCAAGAGUGCCGCGGAUAGUUUUUUGUUCUUCUUGUUUUAUACGUGGUUCCGCGCCAAACGCCUCCGCGUCAACGAACCCUACCUCAAAAUCCUCGAGGAACUCGCCGUCGGCGCCGCGGCCGGCGCCUGCGCAAAGUUAUUCACCACGCCCGUCUCCAAUGUCGUUACGCGCCGCCAGACAGCCAACCUGAUUUCCUCCUCCUCCUCCUCCUCUUCUUCUGCAUCACGAAGUAGUAACCCGUCUACCCCUACCGACGGCAACAGCCCAGUCCGACGACGACCAAGUUCCCCCCCGGCUGCGGCUGCACCAGACCUCUCCUUCACCGAAACCAUCAUUUCCAUCUACCGCGAGCGCGGCUUGCUCAAUGGGCUAUGGGCUGGAUACUCCGCCAGCCUGGUAUUGACGCUCAACCCCAGCAUGACCUUUUUCCUUCAGCAGAUUCUGAAGCGGAUGUUGGUUUCGAGGGAAAACUGGGAAGAACCAGGGAGAGCCAUCACGUUUGUGAUUGCGGCGCUGAGCAAGGUCAUGGCUACGAGCGUGACGUAUCCGUUCCAGAUUGCCAAGGCGAGGGUGCAGGUUUCUGCGGCGCCUUCGUCGGCAUCGGCAUCGAGGGAUAAUAUUAGUAAGGGGAAGGAGAAGGAAAUGGAGGGGGAAAUGAAGAAGGUGAAGAAAGCAGCAGCUACUACGGGAAGGAGAAGGGAAACCAUCUUCUCCACGGUCCGCCGAAUAGCAGAAACCGAGGGUGUUAAAGCCCUGUACGAUGGCAUUGGAGGGGAAUUGCUCAAGGCGUUCUUCAACCAUGGCUUGACCAUGUUGUCAAAGGAUAUCAUCCAUGGGUUGAUCAUACAGCUGUACUUUGCUGUGGUGGCGGCGUUGAAGGAUUAUAGAAAGAUCAGGGAGAGCGUGAGCAAGAGAGCGAAGAAAGCCGGAGGGGAUAUGAGCAGGUAUUAUAUGCUUGCGACUUUGGCCGCGCAGAUGUUGAGGCAGAGGGGGUUGAGGCAGACACUGGCAAUGGCUGGGGUUCUUGGAAAGGGGAAGGUUGAGUAGGAGUGAAGAGGUGUUGGGUUGAUCAUGAUGGUGGGUGUCGGUGUAACAAUGCGCGGCUGCAUAGGGUG